AUUAUUCAAUAAUAUGUGUUAAAUUUGAAUGUAAAAUAUUUGCAAAUAAUAUGUACUGGAUUUAAGCUGGUAAAAUGGCCAAUUCGAAGUAUUCUUAUGUUAGAGAGUUUGAGCAGGAUUCUACUCUGUUAAAUGACUGCUGGAUAGUGGUUAGAGUUGACGGUAGAGCCUUUAGUGCCUUUAGUAAUAGGCACGAGUUCAGGAAACCCAACGAACCUAGAGCUCUUUCUGUAAUUAAUGCUGCAGCAGUCAAUGUAAUGUCAGAAUUUGACGAUAUCGUUCUAGCAUACGGUCAUUCUGAUGAAUAUAGUUUUCUAUUUAAAAGAGAUACUAAAUUGUACAAUAGACGGAAACAGAAAAUAUUAUCAUGUGUUGUAUCGGUGUUUACAUCGUCAUACUGUUACUAUUGGGACACUUUCUUCCCGAAUAGACCCCUUUUAACAGUUCCUUCAUUUGACGGAAGAGUUAUUCUUUAUCCUACUUAUGAAUCUGUUCUCGAUUACUUUUCAUGGCGUCACGUUGAUUGCCAUAUUAAUAAUCAAUAUAAUACUUGCUUUUGGUGUUUGAUAUUGGAUGGUAAAAGUAAUGACGAGGCAUAUAAUUGGUUAAAAGGCACAACCAAGUUGGAAAAAAACGAGUACCUUUUCACAUCGCAUAAACUCAACUAUAAUAAUUUACCAAAUAUCUUCAAGAAAGGGACGACACUUGUAAAAUCCAACACCAAAGAUGUAAACUCUAACGGCGAAAAUUGUAUUAAUUAUAACAUGUUCGAUCAGUCAGAUAAUAUGUGUAAAAGAGAAUCUGGUGAGAUUCUGGGUGAGGGAUUAGUGGAUAAAGAAAGAAAAAUUGCUCUUGAAAUUAAUCAAUCAGAGCUAAAUGAACUUGAUUCAAAAGUUAAGGAACAGGCCUCUGCACAUAAUAUAUUAGUUUUACACUGUGAUAUCGUUAAAGAUUCCUUCUGGGAAUUAGUAUCACCUUUAAUAUUAAAUUAAUCUUUGUGGUUUUUUA